AUGAGUAUGAAUCCUCUUGCUAUAUUCGUCAAAGAACAUUUUGGAAAAAACUCCGCAAAAAAUAUUGAGGAGGGACAGAAGACGAUGAAGGAAGCAGUUGCUGCUUGGAAGACACUAGAUUCCACCGAAAGAAAAAAGUACGAAGAGCUUUCCAAGAAGUAUCGUGAAAAGAAAAUGCGCGAGUUUGACGCUUUGUCUGAUGAAGAAAAAAAAGAGCGCAUCUCUACAUCAGUAGAGAUGAAGGAAGAAAAGGCUAAGAGAAAGGAAAGAAGGGAAAGAAGAGAAAACUGGCAGAGAAGCGGCCAUCCUGAGCGGCCGCCAUCCGCUUAUAAUCUCUUCGUACAGGAGAGGUUCACUAUAUUAAAGAAUAAGGGUGAAAUUAUUACACCUGUUGCAAAAACCAUGCGGCGUGUCAGCGCUGAGUGGAGUGCGAUGAACGAGACUGCUAAACAGGCACGAUUUACCCAUAUAAUAUCUCUACAUCAUCCGUUUCCCUACAAUACGAAAGCAGCGAAAAUGGCAGAGCAGUAUAAAAUUGAAGUGGACGCGUGGAAGGCAAAGGUGAAGCCAGAGGAGAAGGAAGUACAGCAGAAGUCGUUGAAGUAA